UCUCUCCUUCCUCCCUCGGUCUCCACCGUUCCAGGGGCGGGUGGGGUGGGCUGAGCCGGGGCUGCCACAGCCUCCGCCACUACAGCCGCCACCCUGGGAGGACCAGAGCAGAACAUCGCACGAGUUCCGGGAGAGAGGGGCUGCGGGGCGGCCGUCCCCGUCUAAGACCAAGGGGCGUGCGGCGAUGUGAGCUAUGAACGCGGCGUGGACACUGUCACCGGAGCCCCUGCCGCCAUCGACGGGGCCCCCGGUGGGCGCAGGCCUGGACGUCGAGCAACGCACGGUGUUCGCCUUCGUGCUCUGUCUGCUCGUGGUGUUGGUUCUGUUGAUGGUGCGCUGUGUGCGCAUACUGCUAGACCCUUAUAGCCGCAUGCCCGCCUCGUCCUGGACCGACCACAAGGAGGCGCUCGAACGAGGGCAGUUCGACUAUGCUUUGGUGUGAGGGGGCACCGAGUCCCGGGCUGGUCCUCUAAGAGAUUCCGAGAGGGCCGGCCCGGUGGAGGAAUGCCACUAACCUGGGCUGCACUCAGUAUAUUGUGCUUCAGAAGUCCUAGCCCGGAGAAAUCCAGUCCUUACCCCCUUAGCCACCCAUCUCCCUUCUUGGCUGGGCCAGAACCCCACCUGGUGCCUUUAUCUGCCCUGUUCCCUUCUCUCUGCACACUUAUCCUCACUGCUGAUCCCUCGACUCUGUAUUCCUUAGUGGGCAAUCAUCCCGCCCCAACCUCAGCCUUCCCCAGCUACCAGGCAUGAGUGUUACAUCCUUUCCUGGGAGUGCAGACUCCUCUAUCCCCUUCUUUCCCUUGUUUCAAUGCCCUCCUUGAGUUCUGGCCCUAGAAGGCAGGCUGUCUUCAGCACCCUAUGGACACUGCCUACCUACAAUGCAUGGUACAGCCUGCUCCAGAGACAGACCCUGAAACCUCACCAUGGUUGUUGCUGUGUCGAGAAUGUCUGGCACUUCAUGUGCAGGAUGAGUACAAGCAGGCUCAUCCCCUUCAGCCCCAGCCCCAGCCCCAGCCCCAACCCAGGUUAGAGUGCCUUUCCUCUGCCUCCCCGCUCCCAACUCCCCCAUGUUCCCUAGCCCUUCCCUUGCCUUUUUAUUCCUCCCCACUUCUGAACGAUGGAGGUAAUAAUAAAAGCUAUCAUUGAGCACUUACUGCAUGCCAAGCAGAGUGCAGAGUUA